AUGAACCGCUCUCUAGGCGGUAAGUAUACGAGGACAGCAAAACGGGGAAACAACUUCCGGCACUCCGUGGUCAUCGGGGUUUUGAAGACGAUACCUUUCCAGGUUGUCGAUAUGGAAUUCCAGCUGGUGGCACCGGCGAACAUCUCCGUUCCAUGUGCAUACCAGCCAUGCGGACGGCUGCCAAACCUGCACGAUCAACUCAGCGAAGCCAUAAUUAAACUACCGGAACCGCGCAUCUUGGUUGGGGAUCUCAACGGGCACCACCCAAGCUGGGGCUGCCCGCGCUCCGACCCUCGAGGUGUUACCCUGGUCGAUAUUUUCGAGAAGGAAGACAUUGUGAUUCUGAAUGACGGUGUGCCCACGUACUUUAACGAGUGGCACACUUCUGCCAUCGACGUCUCUGAUGUCAGCCGCUGCUUUGCUGGAAAAACUCAGUGGCAACACGGAGACCCCGAUGGCGCUAUGAACAAGCGGACUGGGAUAGCUAUGGUGAAGCCUUUCAGUCCUCGUUACUACAGCGUAAUCCGAACAGCAUUGAAGACUUUGCAGAAGUGGUAUACGAAGCGGCAACAGCAACCAUCCCAAAGACCAGCAGCGGGGCGAAAAGUGCUACGCUUGUUGGAUAAAGGUACGAGGAAAGCCCUUAAAGCCCGGCGUAAAGCGCUUCGCCGUAUAAAGCGCCUUCCUAUCGAACAUCCCGACCGUAAGGACGCUCUCCGUAACUACCAUGAGUCGCACAAUCAAUGCCGGCAAGAAAUCCGUGUCGCCAAACGAGCCAGCUGGAUGGACUUUCUGGAAGGAAGGAAUUCGUCACAGUCUUCGGCCGACUUAUGGAGGCAAGUCAACGCCCUCAGUGGGAAACGGCGCAUGAAACCGCUCCACGUACAGAUUAACGGUGAAGCGGUUUCUGACCCUGCAAUUGUAGCGGACGAACUCGGCUCAUACUUUGCCGAUCUCGCAGCCAUCGAGAAGUACGAAGACGAAUUCAAGUGGAAAGCUAAGCUUUCGACGUCAUCUAUUGCAAGUUUCUCUGUUUCUUCUGACGCUGGGAACUCGGAAAUCAACCAGGCAUUCUCCUGGCAGGAAUUGCAGCAUACCCUCCGCUGCAGCAACGGAAAGUCGGCGGGUCCCGACGAAAUCGGGUACCCUCUACUCAAGAGGUUACCAACGCGAGGCCAGCUACGGAUGCUGGAGCUUUUCAACAAGCUCUGGCUCACCAACUCGUAUUCAGCGUCGUGGAAGGAGAGCUUAGUCAUUCCCAUCCCAAAAGCCAAUGAAACAAUCCAUGAAGUUAGCAAGUUUCGGCCAAUAGCCUUGACAUGCUGUUUUGCCAAGGUCCUGGAGCGAAUGGUCAACAGGAGGCUAAAGCAUUUCCUUGAAGCCGAAAACCUGCUAGACCAUCAACAACACAUCUUCCGUCAAGGGUACGGAACACCAACUUACUUUGCAACAUUAGGAGAGGUCCUCAAGAGUGCCAAAGAUAGCGGUCUCCACACCGAGAUCGUCUCGCUCGAUAUAUUGUAG